CAGUGCUCGGAUGUACCGUCUGCUCGGGCGACCACAAUCCCGCUGGACUUGCUCGGUCUUCGAGGUGGAGCGUCGGCCGUCCGGACCCGGGAUUUUCAUAGCCUCACGGCCUUGGCCUCGGAUCUGAUAAGAUGGAGUAUAAACUGGGGGAGAGGUCCUUUUGGCUCACACCCCCACUGGGGGGGAAGAUGGAUUGCUCAACGGACUGCAGAUGAUGCUUGCUCUGGUGGAGGAACCGGUCCCGCUUCGCACACCUUGGCACGAGUGAUGAGCAACGAUGAACUGCUACUCGUACUUGCACGCUGUGCCCGUGUCUCGCGCUGCAUUGAAGCCAUCCGGUCGCAAUAUCGGCGCUUUUCGGCAGAUCGCGGCUCAACUGGCCUCGUCGACGCAGCCGGCCAAGCGCUGGCGGACCACAAUCUGCACCAGCAGCAGCUCGACUUUGCCCUUGUCCAGCGCUCGACCGAGUAUUGCCACGAGUCCCGGCCACCGAAAUCUCGCGAACCCUGUUGUCCAGCUCGGUGCUGUCGCUCGUCGUCAUCUUCACUGCUCUCCCUCUCGUCGCCUUGCUGCCAUGGGCUCGGUUCCGGAGAGCGUCCCUGCUGUCAGGGUCUUUAUUGCUGGUGGCUCCUAUGCAGGCCUCUCUGCGGCUGUCAAUCUUCUCGAUUUGGGGAAUGGCUUGUCGCCGCGGAUGUCGAACGAGCCGUAUGCGCACCAUCCUAGCGUGCCCAAGGUGAACUUUGAGAUCACCAUUGCUGAUGAGCGAGAUGGAUAUUAUCACUUGAUCGGCUCGCCGCUGGCCCUGGCUGAUGCGGAAUACGCAAAGAAAGCCUGGGUUCGAUUCCAAGAUAUUCCCGGUCUGCAGCUCCCCAACGUCAGAUUCGUCCAGGGCUCGGUAUCGAACGUCGACUGCGCCGCCAAGACAGCGACCGUCAUCGACGGCACCACGAAAGAGGCCGUCACGCACCAAUACGACUACUUCGUCACCGCUACGGGCCUGCGGAGGGUGUGGCCCGUUGUGCCCCAGGCUCUGACCCGGAAGCAGUACCUCGUCGAGGCCGAGACCCAGAUCAAGGCCCUCGACAACGCGAAAGAUGGCGUCGUCGUCGUCGGCGGAGGUGCCGUUGGCAUUGAGAUGGCCGCCGAGCUGAAGCACGUGAAGCCUCAUCUCAAGGUCACGCUGGUGCACUCGCGGGACAAGCUCAUGUCCUCGGAGCCGCUGCCUGACGACUGCAGGGAUAAGGCGCUGGACAUGGUCAAGGAAACCGGCGUCGAGGUGCUGAUGGGACAUCGCUUGGCCAGCUCUACCAAGGUCGAGACCGAGGAUGGCUCGCCACGGUACGAGGUUGCGUUUACGAAUGGACACAAGAUGACUGCCAGCGCGGUCAUCAUGGCUCUGUCCAACAGCACUCCGACGGCUUCCUAUCUCCCUUCGUCGGCUGUCGAUUCCGAAGGUUACGUCAAGAUUGUGUCUAACAUGAGCUUCGAACCCAACAGCGUCCCCAACGCCGCCUCGCACUUCUGCGCCGGCGACGUGGCCAAGUGGUCCGGCAUCAAGCGCUGCGGCGCCGCCAUGCACGGCGGGCACUACAUUGCGCACAACAUCCACCAGAGCGUGCUGCGGCAGCAGGACGCGCAGCACGAGCCCCGGUUCCAGCACCUGCAGGAGAUCCCGCCGAUGAUUGGGCUGGCCGUGGGGAAGAACGCAGUUGCGUACAGCCCGGACGGGGGCCUCAUUUCGGGGCCGGAGGUGAUGCAGGCGUAUUUUAGGGAUGAUUUGGGUUGGGCGAUUUGCUGGGAGUAUAUGCAGCUGGAUGGCCGGAAGGAGGUCAAGCAGGAGAUUGCUGCUGCGUGAGGACAAUGGGUGGACUGGGGGAGGUCACGGCGUUUGG